AAUGUCAUCGCUACAUUUAAAACAAAAGAUGAUUUAUUACCUUUGAGAUCCAGCGAAACCCAAAGAAAAUAGUCUAUUUAAUUCAGAUAGUCUGGUGAACUUUUGAUUAGAAAUGUUAUAUCAAAGCCUCGCGUCUCACCUUUCAAUAUGUUGAGAAAAUUCUUAAAGAUUUUUAUGUCUAUUAAUACAGUCUUGUGUUUCAAUAUUAGUUUGAAAAAAGACGAUAUAAUAAGCUGUGCGAUCGGCGUAGCAAAUAAUAACUUCAAUUUUCGGAAACCAACUGUCGUAUUGCACUCGGGCGUCGACGAUCAGCUUGUUACUGAUUUUCUCAUUGCUUAUAAAGGUGCCGUCACAAUUAAUACAAUAGAGAAUGGGCCAGCGAAGCAAGUAGUAAUCAUAGCGGAAAAUUACCAGCACUUCAUCAAGUUACUGGGGAGAGUGAAGAUAGAUGUCAGAGGAAGAAGCCUAUUCCAUGGUGAAGCGAAAUUCUUAGUAGUGCUGAAUGCCAAUCGGAAGAAAAUCGAGAACAUCAAUGAAUUUCUGUGGAGCUAUGACGUCAUAGAUGUGGUAAUCAUAACUAAAGAUAAAAAGGAUCGCAUUGCUUUGUAUACAUACUUCCCCUACAAAAGCCACCUGAACUGUCAGAACACAGAACCAGUAUUAAUAAGCUAUUGGCAAGAAGAAAUGACGUAUGUAAAAAUGUAUCCAGAUAAAAUGCGUAACAUGCACGAGUGUCCUCUGUAUAUAUCAACGAAUAAAAUCUAUUCGCAAGGGGUCGAGAGGAAGAUACCGCUACACGCCAUACAAAAACAAAUAGUCAGGCUCCUCAGAGACAUCAUGAAUUUCACUCCUAUAGUGUCAGCGAAAGACUAUGUCAGUAUCGAUUCGGAUAGAGCGAAAAACUGGUCUGAUUCUUUGAACGACGUUAUCAUGGGAUUCGCAAAUAUUUCAACUUGUACUAUACCUUUGGGGGUGGAUAGGUUAGGGUUGUUAGAUUACUCGAUGCCGUACUUUAGGAUCCGUAUAGCCUGGCUGGCGCCACCAGUAGCUCCAGGACCGGUGUGGUGGCGACUACUUUCUCCGCUGAACGGCUAUCUGUGGCUUAUCUUAUUAGUGGUCACCUUUCUAGUCAUAUCCCUUCCUUACAUCCUAAAAUUACAUCGGAUUAAAAAGUUUUGCAGAAAAUACUUCAAGAAUUUCGACAAGGUCCACGGUGCUGCUUUUAGAGUUUGGGGAGCUAUGUUAGGACAAACGAUUCGAGUCGCACCCAGACGGUUCAGAGAUUUUUACAUCGUGGGCUUGUGGUUGUGGUUCACAUUUGUGGUCCGAAGUGCAUAUCAAAGCGUGCUUAUUGGAGCUCUGAAGACGGAUACUAUCACCGGUAACUUUGCAAACCUAAAAGAAACAGUGGACAAUGGGUAUAAGUUUGGAGGGCGAGCAGGCAUCUACGCCCAUUUUGAAUUCGAUCCUCUAAUAAGAGAUGGUUUCGAAAUAAUUCCUGAGGCAAAGUUCGAAGAUUUGUUUCGUGAUGUGAUCGAGAGUAAAAAGAAGUUUGUGUUAGCCGCUUCAUUAGAGUACGCUUAUAUGUAUUGUUUGGCUCAAGGGAAGAAGGAAAAUGAGUGUGGACAUGUGCUACCAGACUCAAUACUCACGGUACCACUGGUGGUGUGGAUGAAGAUGCACUCGCCUUUCAGUCGGCCGUUAAAUAAUUGGUUACCGCGGAUGAUAGAAAGCGGUCUAUUAGAAAAAGAUGCGAUAGGGAAAACUAGCUACGUUUCCAUGGUUACUUCAUCCACAGACCCUACAGCUCUGACCUGGCACCAGAUGGUCAGCUGCUUUCUUUGCCUCAGUUUUGGUUCAGCCAUUUCUAUAACAGUAUUUUUAUUGGAGAUUUUGAGGAAGAAAUCUUCGAGGUACACAAUAGUGAAGAAAAGCUUAGUAGACGGAUUGGAGCGGGAUCGCGAAUUCUUCACUUAUAAAGAGUAAUUAAUUUUGCUUUAUUAUCUCAGUUGUUUGCAGUGCCAUUAAGCUUAAGUAGGAUAACUUAGGUUGAGAUUACGUACACUAGUUCAACAGUUAGGUCAGUCAGGUCACACUCGCCGAGUAUUAACCUCAUUCACAUUUUCUUUCAGCACAAACAAGGUCAUUUAGCCAUAUUUAUAUCUCUAAUAAUAAAAUAAAACCACAAAAUAUUUUUCGUAUUUUAUUUAUCA